AUUUUCCUCAUUAACCAAUGAAAACGUUUGUCUGAUUUGUGUACAACUCAAAAAGGUUUAUUUCAUGUGAUUGGCAGUGUCUGUGACAAGGUAUAACAGAAUGGCAUCUGCGGACACAGUUCUAGUUAUGAAAGGGAUGGCUGCUGAUCCAUUGAAAAGGAAGCUUCUUUUAAAGGAUGCUACUUGCAUGGGAGGGCUCAUUAUGGUGUUGUCCAAUCCAGAUCCAAAAAUAGUCAUCUCAGCUCUAGAGACCUUGAUUUUGAUGGCCGACACAAAUGAUCACAGAAGAGUUCUGAGAGAUUUCAUUGGAAUGAUGGAACAGCUAGAGACAAUUAUCAACAGUCAAAAAAAGUGUGAUGCAAGGGUUCACAAUCUUGCGGAGAAGCUAUAUGUGAUGAUAACAGAAACCAGCGAACCUCAGACGCCACUCAAAGAUACCAGCAACUCCGUGCCCAAUUCCAGAAAAAACAGUGCUUGCAAAAACAAAAGCCUCCAAGGUCACAGGACAAGACACAUUACACUACAGAUCAGGGGUCUUCUGGACAAGACAGAUCGGGACGUUUUGAUGCGACUUGUCUUACAAGUUAAAGGAGUAAUAAGUGUGACCUUUGACAUGAACAAGAAACGAUGCUUUCUGCGAGUCAAACCAGAUAUUAAACCAGAGACUGUAGUGCAGGCUGUAGCCAAGUCCAUGACAAUGACAGCUCAACAGGUUGUCAAAGACGAAUAUGGAGCAGAAGUAUUAGUGUCAUUUGGUGCCAAUCCCCAGGAUAUGGACAAAGAGAACACAACUCUCCCCGACUACCUCCCAGAAGAUCCGGACAGUCCGAAAGCAAACAGCCACUCUGUCGCCCGGAUCAAGAAGGAUGAUAACAAAUCCGGCUGGCUUAGCUCUGCAGCAACCUUUAUCACCAACUCAUUCUACUGGUAGUCUGUCCAUAUAUAUUGUUUUGUGCCAACUUUUCAAGAAAGUUUUUAACCAUGAUUUUGUAUGAAAUGAGCGAUGACAGAUGUAUUUUAUGUGUAAUGAUGUAUUGAUUAAACUGUAAAAAAGAGUCGUGAAUGAAACAAGUCAAGAAAUGUUCAUUGUUGAUAAAAAAAUUUAUUGGUUUAUACUAUAAAUUAAAAUUUUAAAACAAUCA